AUGCUUUCUCGGAGUAUGGGUAAGCUCUCAGCUAUUCAGACCAAAAAUGACGCCGCUGUUGCUAUAAUUUUCGUGUACGGCCUCAAUAGCCAGCAUCCCAACCACUGGGACAGCAUUAGCGACCUUGAAUGGUGUAGGGAACGACUUCCAACGCAGCAUACCGAGGCUCAUAUUAUGGCUUAUGCAUUCGAGGACCUAUACAUUCAGUCACUUGAGAUCGGUGCUGUCAACGAAGCAGCCCAAAACCUCCUGUCGGAGUUGGGUGGAUCCAAAUGGGCUAAACGUACCUCGAUGUGCAACGACCUGGCAGACUCUGAAGAUAUAAGCGCUCUAGAUCCUGCCUUGCCCGUGCUCUUUAUAUGUCGGGGAUUUGCUGGGUUAGUCGUGAAGAAGGCAUUGAUCUUGGCAAGAUCGCACAGCGGUCCUCACUCAAUAAGCCAGCGUGUGGCCGGGAUGAUAUUUCUUGGUACUCCCCACAACGAUGAUAUACGAAUUUGGCCAGCUAGGAUGGAAACCGCAACAGACGUCAGACACAAGGGCAGUCGAAACCGUAGAGCUACGGACACAUUGGCAAACUCAGAGGACUUCAUAGAGCUCACCAAAGACUUUCAGCAGCUCUCGUCCUUAUACAUGAUCAUCUACUUCUGCAGUGAGGACUGGCUGGAAUGUUCAGGAGCUACUGUACUUCAUCCCGAUUGCUUGUGGUCAGUAGUGUCGCAGAACCAUCUGCGACGGACCACUAAGAAGAACCACUACAUCCUUCCAAGGAGCACGACUACCGUUCUUUCCAGGGCCUAUGUUGAGCGUGCUACAGUGGGUAUGCGGAUGGUAGCAGCCAGCCGUAAAUCUUACCAUAAAUGUCUCGAAAGCGAGUGGGCCACCAAAAACUUGUACACCGAAGAGAGACUACCAUCUACGUGUGACUGGGUCUUCGUCCAUAACGACUAUCUCGAAUGGACAGUCGCUGACGGUCCCACUUGCCUGUGGAUUUGUGGCGUUUCUGGUACCGGCAAAACGAUACUUUCCUCAGCGAUUGUUGAUGAUCUCCUCGAACGCCAACAGCAAAUGGAUGUGAUCGCCUAUUGCUUCCUUGAAGAAGGUCUUGGAAGGGAUGAUUUUGCACAACAAAUACUCCAAGUUCUCGUUCGUCAGCUGCUGAACCACCAUGCUGUGCCAGACUAUCUUCUGUAUACUCUUCUUCCAGAAAUCGAAGCUGUUGAUUCGCCGAUGACGCGUGAGGCUUUCCAACGCUUCCUUAGAAGUCUUCUCGGGAACACUGAUUCUCAGGCUCGGAUUGUGCUGAUUCUGGACGGGGUGGACAAAGAUGAGUGGAUCAAGUGCGUGGUGAUAGACGAGGUCACUCGUAUGAACAAUUCGCGUCACAGCUCAGAUCACAUGAGAUGUCUUAUCUCGAGCCGAGAGAGCUGUGAAUAUAGUACACACAGAGGUCGAGUUCGGAAUAUCAGCUUGGACAGCGAGCUUGGCGUCCAGCGCGAUGUACUGCAGCUCGCAGAAUCGCGACUUGCUAACAUUUACCCAACCACGGGCAACGCAAAAUCCCAUCUGACUUCUAUUGGGCAAAUGAUAUGUUCACAAGGUCGGGGCAAUUUCCUGUGGGUUGCGUUGGUUACUGAAAGCCUUCAGUGCGCGAAUUCAGUUGCUGAAGUGGAAAUAGAGGUUCAAUCCCUACAACCAACGCUUGACGGCCUUUACCAACGAGUGCUACAAAAUAUCCCGUCUCAAGAAAUCGAAAUUGUAAAAAGAUCUUUUGCAUGGCUGAUCGCGGCACAUCGCCCUUUGGGGCUGUCCGAGCUUGUAGAGGCUUUGGAAAUCGAACCUAAUCCAUAUAGACCGCCUGGCAUCGGAACACCAGCAAGCCGGAUCUGGAACACCCGGUGUCCUGGAGCUGAAAUCCGGCGAAUGUGCAGCCCUCUGCUCAUCACCACGAGAGAAAACGCUGUCGGAUUCAGGCAUCCGAGUGUAAGAAGACACCUUUUACCCGCUAGUGACACAGGAGUCUGGGGAACUUCGAUGGCUGAAGCGCACACGCUUCUCGCGCAAACGUGCCUCAUGUUAGUGACUCCAGAAGAGGACGAAGGCUCGCCCUUUCGCGGGUUGCGGCGACCGCAAUUACGGUCACAGAAGGCAGGAUGUGCAUCAAGUAUGAAAGAUUAUGCGUUCACUAAUUGGUCCUUCCAUUAUGGCUUGGCUGAGUCCCAAAGCAAAAGGCUUGUUGGCGCGCUCCGCCGCUCGCUUAGCCGCAUACUGCAUCGUGACUGUGAACAACUCUCGCUUCCUAAGAUGGGCCGGCUAGACCAAAUCGAGACAACAAUACUUCGCAUAGCCGCUCGUCACGGCUUCACAUCUCUGACUCGGGUCUCUUUAGAGAUGGGAGUCAAUCGAAAUGGAUCGUGCGAUGCCUGCGAGACGCCACUCGCACUGGCGGUAGCUGGAGGUCAUUCAGAAGCCGCCAUGCUUCUCAUCCAGGGAGGAGCUUCCACAGAUGCGAGUAAUUCCGGUUGUGGAGAGUCAGCACUGCACCUUGCUGCGGCCUAUGGUUCCCAAGAGAGCGCGAAAAUGCUUCUGAAGUAUGACGCCAAAGCGGACUCGGAUGCGGGCUAUUUGAGCAGAACGCCAAUGCAUGCGGCAGCUUCAUCCGGGAACCUAGAUAUCAUAAAGCUGUUAAUGAAUCACGACGUAGACUUGAACGCUAUGAUUCCCAUAUCUGGGGAGACACCUCUGCAUCUGGCUGCAUCCCGCGGUCAUUUGCAAACAGUGAAAUGGCUUGUUGAGGGUCUUGACGCUUCGGAUGAGGAGAUGGAUAUCUACGAUUCCAUGGUCCAGCAGCGAUAUUAUCAGGCUUGGACAGAGGACUUACUAAUGGAUUCCGCUUCAAAUCGACGUUUCUUCUGGGGGACGGAAGCUAAGUGUUUGGCUCAGGAACGUUUGAGCGGGUUGCAAUCUUUGUGCCGGAGAUACGCCGACAUCAACAUGCCUACUCGAGAAGGACGCACAGCCCUCCAUCUGGCAGCAUCCAACGGCCAUGUUCCAACAGUGCGGUUCUUGCUUCAAAAAGGAGCUCAUGUCAACACGACUGACAACAACCGGCUCACAGCACUACGGCUCGCUGCGGAGAAUGGGCACUUGGACGCUGUCAAACUGCUCUUGACAGCGGGGGGUGAAGACUUCAACCAGCUUGGCGCGACACUCAAGAGCAUUACAAGCAAAGGUCACGAUACAGUUGCAAACCUGCUCGCAUGGCAUUUCUUCAGUGUGGAAGUCAUGGGCAAGCCGUGCCAGUGGCCAGUGCUGGCUCUCGCGACGAGGAGCAAGCAAAACACCGUCCGGGAUGCGAUCCGCAAGAACUCUCCCCGUGAUCGAACGACACGCAGGACUCGGACCAGGGCUCCAUCCCACGAUCAAGAAACGUGA